AUGCAGCGUGCACAGGCAGCGCCGGUCAAGUCAAAAUCACAAAAGAAAGAGAAGGCUCCUCCAGAAGUUCCAGAUAUUAUUGUGGACCCUGAAAGAAACAUUCACUAUGAGAAAGGAAAGUUUCUUGGAAAAGGAGGAUUUGCUCACUGUUACGAGAUACGUAAUCAAAUCAGUGGUGAAGUUCUUGCGGGGAAGGUUGUCCCAAAACAUUUAUUGGUCAAGCAGUAUCAGAGAGACAAAAUGGCUCAAGAAGUUCAAAUUCAUCGGAAUCUUUGUCAUCCCAACGUCGUGAAACUUUAUCACUUUUUUGAGGAUCGCAUGAAUGUGUACAUCACUUUGGAACUGUGUCCCAGAAGAAGUCUGAUGGAACUCCACAAAAGACGAAAAUCUGUCACUGAACCAGAGGCACGUUAUUUCACUCAUCAAGUUGUCGAAGGUGUUCUAUAUCUUCAUGAUCUGAAAAUAGUUCACCGAGACUUGAAACUUGGAAACCUUUUCCUGAAUGACGAAUUGCAAGUGAAAAUUGGAGAUUUUGGUUUGGCGACAACCGUAGAGAAUGAUGAACGAAAAAGGACUCUGUGUGGAACUCCAAAUUACAUUGCUCCUGAAGUUCUCAACAAAAUGGGACAUUCGUUUGAAGUAGAUAUUUGGGCUAUUGGAUGCAUUCUUUUCAUUCUUUUGAUUGGUCAUCCCCCAUUCGAAUCAAAAACUUUGGAGGAAACAUAUUCACGUAUUAAACAUAAUAAUUACACAAUUCCUACUGAGACGAGCUCAUCUGCCUCUCAACUCAUUAGACAGCUCCUUGACCCUGUUCCUGGUCGCCGUCCAACAGCCAAAACAGUUUAUCGAGACAAGUUUUUCAAAGCUGGCUUUAUGCCAACAAGACUACCAGUAUCUUGCCUGACAAUGGUUCCACAUUUCAAUGAUAACGCACUCAACGAAGAAAAUGUUUCUCCCGGUGGAUCAGAGAGCGAUUCUCAACAGGUCGGAAAACCUGGACAGUCGAAUAUUCCGACACAUCGAAUUUCUGGAAAUACUGAAAGAGAGCGAGCUCAUAGAAUGGCCGUUGAAGCAACCAUCCGAAUUCCUAGUGACUGUUAUUUAUCUCAACUUCUCGCUCAAGUCAACGAUUUGUUAGUCAGAGUUAAUGCUGACAUGGAUGAAGCAGAAGCAGCUCUGGAAACAUAUCAGUCACCUGAAGCUCUUCCCGUGUUUUGGAUUUCUAAAUGGGUUGAUUAUUCUGAUAAAUAUGGAAUCGGCUAUCAACUUUGCGAUAACUCGGUUGGUGUUCUUUUCAACGAUAACUCAAGAAUCAUGUUGGACUCCGCUGGAAAUCAACUAACAUACAUUGAGAAGAACAACCGAGAGCAUUAUUUCAAUAUGCAAAACCAGAAACCAAAUUUAUUGAAAAAGAAGAUCACGCUGCUCCAGUAUUUUAGAUCUUACAUGAAUGACCAUUUGCUGAAAGCUGGCGAACGGGUUACUCAGAGGGCUGGGGACGAUUUGGCUCGUCUUCCUACGCUUCGUGUAUGGUUUAGAACGAAGUCAGCAAUUGUGCUUCAUCUCUCAAACGGAACUGUUCAGAUCAACUUUUUCAAUGAUCACAUAAAGAUGAUGAUGUGCCCGCUCAUGCAAGCUGUUACUUUCAUUGAUCAAAACAAGCGGAUGCUCACCUACAAAUUCUCAAACUUGGAAGCAAACGGGUGCCCUGAAAAAUUUCUACAUCGUAUAAAGUAUGCAAAGACUAUGAUCGAACGACUGAUGACCGACUCGAAAAAGGAAGUUCCAAGAGCGGAUGCUGGCGUUAUGAUUGAUGCUGUGAAUCCUCAACGUCAAACAGCCGUAACUGUGUCUCAUCUUCCAUCGACAUCGAGUAAUGUUCGCCUCACAGCUGCUUCUGAAGUUCCGUCUAUUGGCCUAUCAUCGAUUUCAUCGCGCCGUUAA